GACCAAGCCAACCUCACCCAUCCUUUGCGACGCUCGCUACGACCAAAACCCGACAUUCCUCCACGGAUAGACAUCUCCAAGGCGGGUCGCAUUCGCAUCGCACCGCAGCAACGCCAACAUGUCGGGUACUUCCAACUUUGCGGCCCCCGGCCAGCAGCGCUACCUGCGCGCCUGCAUGGUCUGCUCCAUUGUCAUGACCUAUAGCCGCUUCCGCGACGAAGGAUGCCCCAACUGCGAGGAGUUCCUCCACCUCGCCGGCUCGCAGGACCAGAUCGAGAGCUGCACGUCGCAGGUCUUCGAGGGCCUCAUUACGCUCGCCAACCCGGCCCGCUCGUGGGUCGCCAAGUGGCAGCGCCUCGACGGCUACGUCGGCGGCGUGUACGCCAUCAAGGUCUCGGGUCAGUUGCCUGACGAGAUCCGGCAGACGCUCGAGGACGAGUAUAGGAUCCAGUAUAUACCGAGAGACGGCACUGAAACGGAGGCGGACUCGUGACGAUCGGUACCAGCGCAACACGACAUGGCGUGGCAUUACAUUGUUUUAGGUGCUGGCGAAUAGGGCGUUGGAACAAAAGGCAGAUGCAUUAGGGGGUUUAGGCGCAGUUCAUUAUGUGGUAGUCAUUAUGGUGGUAUCUCCAUUAUCCAGGGAAUCAUAAAACGUCUCCAG